UAAGCUCCAGUGGAGGAUGCAGAGAGCAGCGGACGGUCACGCGUGUCCAGCAUGCGCACAUACGCGGGUCUCAUCUCAUCAUGACCGGGACUCACCCCAGCUAUAGCGACAGCCCUUGAAUUAUUCAGUUCCUGUAUUUUUGGACUACUGGUGCAUUAAUUUGUCAUCAUAUAUAUUUUUAAGAAGUCUUUCCUCUGUAAAAAGUUGAAGAGAACAGCUUUCGGACUGGCGUUUCACUGAUUUCGUAAAAUAAAAAAAAUGCAUGCUGUUAGUUGAAAGUGCAAAAACGGAAGAAAGACACGACCGACAGCUGCUGAAAUAGCUAACAGCACACAAAACAAGCGUAUUUAUUAAAGAACCAGCGCUAUCACUUGAGGAAAUAAACAUGUCCAGCAGGAGCAUCGAGUGGGAGCACUUCGAGGAGCGCGAGAAGGGUCACCGGUCCCCGCGGGGCAGCGGCGGCUCUCAUUCCGCCUCUCGGGGAAAUGGGAUCGUGCCGAGUCCUGCUCACAGCGCGCACUGUAGCUUCUACCGCACGCGCACACUGCAGUCGCUCACCUCGGAGAAGAAAGCGAAAAAAGUUCGCUUCUAUCGGAAUGGCGACAAGUACUUCAAGGGGCUGGUGUACGCCGUGUCCGGUGACCGCUUCAGGUCUUUCGACGCGCUGCUGAUGGAGCUCACGCGCUCCCUCUCGGACAAUGUCAAUUUACCGCAGGGAGUCCGGAGUAUCUACACUGCAGAUGGAGGAAAGAAGAUCACCAGUCUGGAUGACUUGGUGGAAGGAGAAAGCUAUGUAUGUGCUUCCAACGAACCUUUCCGUAAAGUGGACUACACCAAGAAUGUUAAUCCCAACUGGUCAGUCAAUGUAAAGACUGGCGCAUCCCGUUCCAUGCCAUCACUUACCGCUACUAAAAAUGAGCUGAGAGAACGAGAGAGUAAAGACUACAUCAAGCCCAAGCUGGUGACGGUCAUCAGGAGUGGUGUUAAACCACGUAAGGCCGUCCGAAUUCUCCUGAACAAGAAAACGGCUCACUCUUUCGAGCAGGUGCUCACAGACAUCACUGACGCCAUUAAACUAGACUCUGGGGCCGUGAAGAGACUCUACACUCUGGAAGGCAAACAAAUUAUAAGUUUGCAGGAUUUCUUUGGGGACGAUGACGUUUUCAUCGCGUGCGGCCCUGAGAAGUACCGUUAUGCACAGGAUGAUUUUGUGUUGGAUCACAGUGGUAAGGCUUCCACAGCCUUUAUAACCGAAUGUCAGGUGAUCAAGUCCUCAUAUUCUGCUCGCUCUGCUCCCCCUGUGAGAUACUCUGGAUGUAAAAGUCCAGGAACUGGCCGUCGCAGUAAAUCCCCUGGAUCUGCGAGGAGAACUGCAGGACACUUCUCCACAAAUAGUCAGUCUCCAGUGAAAUCGCCAAUAAACGGUGCACCCAACAGCCAAAUCACUACCCCCAAAUCCGCCAAAUCCUCCAGCUCGUCCCCGACCAGCCCCCGCAGUAUGCGCAACUUCAAGAUUCCGACCCAUCACUCCUCCACAGGCAAUGUGAACGGCUCCUCUGAGACACCUCAACAUCAUAACAACAGUGUGAGCCCUGAAGUUAAUGGAAACAGGAACCUUGCUGCUUCCACUAUUUUGGACAAGUACAAAAUUGGCAAAGUUAUCGGUGAUGGAAACUUUGCUGUGGUAAAGGAAUGUGUUGAACGAUCCACUGGAAAGGAGUUUGCACUGAAGAUCAUCGAUAAAAACAAAUGCAGAGGCAAAGAGCACCUGAUUGAGAAUGAGGUGGCAGUGCUGAGGCGAGUGAAACAUCCUAACAUCAUCAUGCUGAUUGAGGAGGUGGAUACACCUGCUGAGCUCUAUCUGGUCAUGGAACUUGUGAAGGGUGGAGAUCUGUUUGAUGCAAUCACCUCCUCUACCAAAUACACUGAAAAAGAUGCCAGUGUGAUGGUGUUUGACCUUGCAGCUGCUCUCAAAUACCUACACAGAAUGUGCAUCGUCCAUCGAGACAUCAAACCUGAAAAUCUACUGGUGUGUGAGUACCCUAAUGGUACAAAGUCUUUGAAGUUGGGUGAUUUUGGUUUGGCGACAGUGGUUGAAGGACCGCUUUACACUGUUUGUGGAACACCGACUUAUGUUGCCCCAGAAAUCAUAGCUGAGUCAGGCUAUGGGCUGAAAGUGGACAUCUGGGCAGCUGGAGUGAUUACCUACAUCCUACUGUGUGGCUUCCCACCUUUCCGCAGUGAGAAUAACCGUCAGGAGGACCUAUUUGAUCAGAUCCUGCUGGGGCAUUUAGAGUUCCCUUCACCAUUCUGGGACAAUAUCUCUGAUUCUGCUAAAGAACUGAUUGGUCACAUGCUGCAGGUGAAUGUGGAGGCCAGAUACACAGCGGAGGAUGUGCUCUCUCACCCCUGGGUCACGGAGGAUGCCGCAAUGGAAAACAACAUGAAGAUGGAGGUGGCAGGUAAACUCAAAAAGCACUUUAACUCUGUGCAGAAACAGAGCAACACUUCUGCGGGAGUCUCGGUUAUUAUGAACACAGCUCUAGAUAAGGAAACCAUCCAGCUGUCCCAUCGCUGCCAGGACCGCAACCCUUCUCGUCCAGAAAAGAGACCCUCCUCCACCAACCCAGAAAGAAGACGUUCCAACAGGGGACGCUCAUCUGUCCAGUCGGAGGACUCUAGGUGUGCUGCUCCCAUUGAGCCUUCAGCCUCGGCAAAUCCCAGUGCACCAGCAGCACCACUUUCUGAUCCUUCUCCACACUUCCCAGAAUGCAAUACUGAGGCUGAGACCAGUAAAGACCUCCUGAAGCAAGAAUAACUCUAUCUUUAGGGAAACAAUGGAGACAAUUCCAAAUAUACAUGCUUAAGUAAAUAAGUAAAUAAACUCUGCAAAUCAUUCUAGCUAUAGCUUGGAAUGCAUGACGUCUGCCCAGAUUUAUGCACUGAUUUACAGUCUAGAGGAGGCAAGAGUAGGCAAGAAAAUUGUGUAGUGUUAGGUAGUAGUUAUACGCAUUGAAUUGAGUUGACAUCUUGUAGUUAUGACAAUUUUUUUCAUAGAAUUUUGAGUUUGUCUUGUGAUCCUGAUUUAUUUUCUCAAAUCAGGAUUGUGUUUACAUUUUUUUAAGACAAGAUAUUUCCCACCAAAUUUGGAGUUUACAUAUUGCAGUUUAGUUUUUUUAGUAUUUCAGUAUUUAGUUUUUAUUUUGAGAUUACAUGGCCCCGUUUACACUGUCUGGUCUUGAUGCCCAAUUCCGAUUUGUUGCCUAUAUCAGAUUUUUUUGCCUAUCCGUUUAAACGCUCUUUUAAUUGUGACCCAUAUCCGAUUCAUGUGUUUACACUUGCUAUUCAAUUAUUAAGUCGAGCAUCUAUAAAUGCGGGUUCUAGCAUGUGCGCCACACUAGACACUAUGGAAGAAAUUGUCUUGUUUUAAGCUUUGUGAAAUAUGCCAAGUUCGCUCAACUUUAAAAUGAUUUUGAGGUGGAGGAGGGAAAGAGCCGUCAUUGCAGCUUGCACCUAUGGUUUAUAUAUGGUGUCCUCCACCAUUCAGAGGAAUUCGUGGGUACGAGAGAGAUCUCAGGUCUGAUGGGAGCAAAUUGUGGCGACUGACCACAUUCCUUCUUCAUGUUUCGUCUGUUGUUGUUAUUUACCACGUUGGCAUCUCCACACAUGUUCUUCCUUCUACGUCAUUAAACCACGAAGUACGGUUGUUCCUAGAUCAGAUAUGGUUGUGGCCUGAAGUUUACUAGAUUUAUUUAUACUAUUUAUUAAAUUUCACGCUUAUUGUAUUUUAUUAACAUUUACCACCACCCCAAACCUAAACCAAACCGUUACAGUAAUGUAAAAACAGUAGUUGUACUCAGUAUUAUUUAUGCUAUCUAUUAAAUUACCCAAUAAAUUGUAUUUUUUAACACCUCCGCCCCAACCCUAAACCCAACCGUCACGGUGCUGUAAAAAUAUUAGUAAUGUUAUACAGUGUCAUAAAAAGUGCUGCUAUAUUAAUGUGCAUAUCGCACUUCUGGCCGGCUGUGUAUCCCAUCUAGACUUUACCACAAAAUACCACAUUGUCAGUCUGAUCUCAUGAGAAAAAGUAAGUAUUUUACGUUUUUUCAGUUUAGUGGCUAAUUCGCAUGAGUUCAGUCGUACGAUUUUGAAAGGGAGGCGUGGCACCUAACCCCACCCCUAAACCCAACCGUCAUUGGGGGAUGAGCAAAUCGUACGAAAAUGUACGAAUUAGAUUGUAUGAAUUCAUACGAAUUAGCCACUAAAUCAAAAAGUUACAAAUUGCCAUGAGAUUGUGUUGACAUUGUCGCAAGUUUAAUGACGUUCAAAACGGAAUGCCUCAAUAAAUCCGUUCUGCCUGUUUACAUGAUAGUCGCAUUGUCACAUAUAUUUAUUUCCACAUAUGAAGGUGGCCUGAAAGCGAUCUCUGAAUAUCUGAAUGUUUGCGUUUUUUUUUUCGUGUUAACAUGGUCAUAGAACAGAUCCGAUCUGUCACAUGUGAGCAAAAAAAUCGGAAUUGGGUCACAUUUAACUGGCAGUGUAAACGGGGCCAUAUUGUCAGAGAUUCUAUGUUUUUUUAAUAAUAAUGAUAAUGUUUUUUAAAGCGCCUUUCAAGAAACCUAUAGUCACUGUACAACAUAUACAAACAAUUCAAUAAUUAAAAAAUAAUCCGACUGUAUAAUAAUAGAGAAGAUGAUAAAAUACAAAGACAAAAUACAAAUUGGAGCAGUGCAGUUAUAAAGGUAAUUAUGUAAUAAGUAAGUUAUUAUGAACAGAUGAGUUUUAAGCCUGGAUUUGAACAGGGGAAUGUGCUCAAUUGAGGAAUUGUCCUCAGAAUUUAAAGUUUUGAUGUCUUUGACUUCUGAUCUUUUCUAUUCUCUACAUUUGUUUCAGAAAUUUUGUUUUUGUUUUUUUCAGAAUUUUUAAUUUACUGUUCAUUUUCCCCUCAUAAGUCUGAAUUCAUGUUUUGAGGGGAAUUUUAAGUUUACAUUUUUUUUCUGAGACUUAUUUUGCUUCAGAAUUUAAAGUUUUUAUGUCUCCAAUUAUUUUUUUAUAAACAAGUUUACAUCUUUCAAUUUUGACCUU